AUGCGUUCGCGGACGCCCAAGCCACUACAUCGCGUCGCCGGCAAGGAGCUAAUCAGGUUCCCGGUGGAGUUGCUGGCCGGAUGCGGCGUCCAACAAAUAAUGGUGGUCGCCAGCCCCGAUAAUUUCGACGCCAUUUAUUCGGUGUUGGGGGACGGUGUUACCUACGCGGUGCAGCCUAAUCCCGACGGCACCGCGGACGCCCUGGCCUGCGCGUUGGCACAACUGCCAACCGUGCCGCCGCUGGUGCUGGUAAUGGCCGGCGACACUCCCCUGGUCCGGCUGGAAUCGGUACAGAAACUGGCCGCAGAACACGCCUCGGUUCCUGACCGGCGGAUGACCAUACUGUCGGCGGCCGACGCAUUUUCGGAAGACCUGGGACGUAUCGAACGGGCCAGCGUUACCAGCGAUGGCCGGGUGGGUUCGGUAAGCGCCAUCGUCGAAGCCGCCGACCGCGUGCGGCAAACCUACGGGCCGGCAGAGGUCAACACUGGCGUUUACUGCUUCAGCGGGGAUUGGGUCGCAGAACACAUCGGCAACGUUGCACCGGCUCCGUCGGGAGAACGAUACCUCACGGCUCUGGUAGCGACCGGAGCUGACCGGGGUGAAGAUAUAGCCGCCAUGCCAAUCGCCCUGGCGGACGAGUCGAUGGGCGUUAACACUCGCGAACAACUGGCCGGUGUGGAAGCCGCGCUCCGCGACCGCAUCAACUGCCACUGGAUGGCCAACGGCGUUACCAUCGUUGACCUGGCAACUACGUACAUUGACGCUGGCGUUGCCAUUGGUAUGGAUACCGUGGUAUUGCCGAACACCAUGCUGUCCGGCAACACCAACAUCGGCGAGGAGUGCCAGAUCGGUCCCAACUCGGUCAUUCAGGACACGCAUAUCGGAGACCGCUGCCGGGUGCUGGCAUCUUUCCUCGAAGGUGCGCACGUCGCUUCGGAUGUCUCCAUCGGUCCCUACUGCCAUCUUCGGCCCGACACCUCAAUUGCAAACGGUGUGCAUCUGGGGAACUUUGUGGAAGUGAAGAAUUCUCACGUCGGGGCGAACACGGCGGCCGGCCACUUUUGCUAUUUGGGAGACGCCGACAUCGGGGCGGGGGCCAACAUCGGCGCCGGUACGGUUACGUGCAACUUCGACGGCGUGGAGAAGCAUCGCACCGCUGUCGGCGAUGGUGCUUUCAUCGGCAGCGAUACCAUGCUGGUGGCGCCGGUCAGCGUGGGCCGGGGAGCAGCCACUGGCGCCGGCUCAGUCGUAACGAAAGACGUACCCGCGGGUAGACGUGCGGUCGGCGUUCCUGCUAGACUGAUACCAAACGUAGAAUAA